AUGCAGACAUCAGAGACUGGGUCGGAUACAGGUUCGACAGUUACUUUACAGACUUCCGUAGCUAGCCAAGCAGCUGUGCCUACCCAGGUGGUACAGCAGUUACCAGUGCAACAACAGGUUCAACAAGUACAAACUGUACAACAAGUGCAACAUGUAUAUCCAGCCCAAGUGCAGUAUGUGGAGGGAAGUGACACGGUCUACACAAAUGGAGCUAUACGAACAACAACGUAUCCUUACACAGAAACUCAGAUGUACAGCCAAAACACUGGGGGGAAUUACUUUGAUACCCAAGGAAGUUCUGCACAGGUGACCACAGUAGUCUCUUCUCAUAGUAUGGUGGGCACUGGAGGCCUUCAGAUGGGUGUCACAGGAGGACAGCUCAUCAGCAGCACUGGAGGUACCUACCUGAUUGGCAAUUCAAUGGAAAACUCUGGCCAUUCUGUUACUCAUACAACACGGGCAUCCCCUGCUACAAUUGAAAUGGCGAUUGAGACACUGCAAAAGUCUGAUGGUCUGUCCACUCACAGAAGCUCUCUUCUCAACAGCCAUCUUCAGUGGCUUUUAGACAACUAUGAAACAGCAGAAGGAGUGAGCCUUCCCAGAAGUACUCUCUACAACCAUUACCUGAGACACUGUCAGGAGCAUAAAUUGGACCCUGUCAAUGCUGCUUCUUUUGGAAAACUAAUAAGGUCAAUUUUCAUGGGCCUACGGACCAGAAGAUUGGGAACCAGGGGGAAUUCCAAAUAUCAUUACUAUGGGAUUCGUGUCAAGCCAGACUCUCCUCUUAAUCGACUACAAGAGGACAUGCAAUAUAUGGCUAUGAGACAACAACCCAUGCAGCAGAAACAAAGGUACAAGCCUAUGCAGAAAGUGGAUGGAGUGUCAGAUGGUUUUACAACAAGUGGUCAGCAGACAGGCACAUCUGUUGAACAAACUGUGAUUGCUCAAAGUCAGCAUCAUCAACAGUUUUUAGAUGCAUCUCGAGCACUUCCAGAGUUUGGAGAAGUUGAAAUCUCUUCGCUGCCAGAUGGUACUACUUUUGAGGAUAUUAAGUCUUUACAGAGUCUCUAUCGAGAACACUGUGAGGCAAUAUUGGAUGUUGUAGUGAACCUUCAGUUUAGCCUAAUAGAAAAAUUGUGGCAGACUUUCUGGCGCUAUUCUCCCUCAACAACAACUGAUGGCACUACUAUUACUGAGCCAAGCAAUCUGAGUGAAAUAGAAAGUCGACUUCCGAAAGCAAAGCUGAUAACUCUGUGCAAAAAUGAGUCAAUUCUGAAAUGGAUGUGUAACUGUGACCAUGUGAUGUACCAGGCUUUGGUGGAGAUUCUCAUUCCUGACGUCCUUAGACCUAUUCCUAGUGCCUUGACCCAAGCCAUUCGCAAUUUUGCAAAAAGCCUUGAAGGUUGGCUUUCCAAUGCCAUGAACAAUAUUCCCCAGAGAAUGAUUCAAACCAAGGUUGCCGCUGUAAGUGCCUUUGCUCAGACUCUGCGAAGAUAUACAUCUCUUAAUCAUCUGGCUCAGGCAGCACGUGCUGUGUUGCAGAACACUUCUCAAAUUAACCAGAUGCUCAAUGACCUCAACCGUGUUGAUUUUGCCAAUGUCCAGGAGCAGGCUUCCUGGGUGUGCCAGUGUGAUGACAACAUGGUACAACGGUUAGAAACAGAUUUCAAGAUGACUCUUCAGCAGCAGAGCACUCUGGAGCAGUGGGCUGCCUGGCUUGAUAAUGUAAUGAUGCAAGCACUGAAACCAUAUGAAGGAAGACCUAGUUUUCCUAAAGCAGCACGCCAGUUUCUGUUAAAGUGGUCUUUCUACAGCUCAAUGGUGAUUCGAGAUUUAACUCUGCGCAGUGCUGCUAGCUUUGGUUCUUUUCAUCUGAUCCGUCUGUUAUAUGAUGAAUAUAUGUUUUACUUAGUUGAACAUCGUGUUGCUCAAGCCACAGGAGAGACACCUAUUGCAGUUAUGGGAGAGUUUGGUGAUUUAAAUGCUGCGUCUCCUGGAAACAUGGAUAAAGAUGAAGGCAGUGAAGUUGAAAGUGAAAUAGACGAAGAGCUGGAUGACUCUGGAGAGCCACAAGCAAAGAGAGAGAAGACUGAAAUUAGCCAGGCCUUUCAGGUGGGCUGCCUGCAGCCAGUACUUGAGACUGGAGUACAGCAGAACCUUUUGAACCCUCUUCACAAUGAGCACAUCGUUACAGCUACUCAAACGAUCAGACAGUGUAGUGCUACUGGAAAUACAUAUACCGCAGUCUAACAAAUAUUUAAAGCUCUUUUUUCAGAUUGUAUUAGCCCUGUUGAUGUUGGGCAUAUCAUAGGGGAGGGGAGGGAUGCAAAAAAGAUUUCUGAAAGUCGACUAUUGUCAAAUUUUAUCUGUACUUUUACUGGAGUUGUGAAAUGGAAUGGGUCUAUGUAUUUUGUCAGAUUUUGGGGGGGAAAGGUAAAUACAAUCAUUUUACACUGGCCGCUUAAUAUAAAGAGUUUUCUUAGUUUCAAAAGUCAAGAAGCAUUUUUGCGAAGAUUAAUGUUAAUGUUUUUGUCCUCUUUAUAAUUAAAAGUAAUUUAAUUUUUUCAUAGUUCUUACAAAAUAUUUUAAUGUUAACUGUUAGUCAUGGUGAUUUCGUAUAAAUAGGGUUUUUAAUUAAUUGCACUCUGAAAUAUCAAGAAUUUUCCUCUUUGAUUUACACUGGAGGCAUGCUCAUUUGAUAGCAGCUGCAUUAAAAUUAUUAUUAAAAGGCAGCUUUCAUUGGAGAGAACUGGAAGAUACUAUUUUGAUACAUUUCAGAGUGCUCAACAGAUAUAUUGGAAAAUUUAUUAUAAUUCUAGAGAACAUAGAUUGUCUUCUUUCUCAGAGGAAGAGUGAUUCUUACUGUUUGCAGGAUAAAUGAGAGCUCUGAUAGCACAUGGUAAUGUGUACUUAAUAAAGGUACAGAUGAUACCAUUAUGGACAAUUCAAGCUUCCUUAAAUCAAUUUUAAAUUUUGGGAUACUAGCUCCUCUCUCAUAAGACUACUGAUUUCAGGUACAUUUUGCCCAAAAACUGACUCUGUGCAACCUCCAUUCAUUUUAAUUAGAGUUUUACAAGAUUCAAAUUAAGGCAUCUUUGAUUUACAACAAGAGCAAAAUCACAUUUAAGUGAGUGGAGGUCAUGCUACAGAAGCAUUUGUUGGGUUCUGCACUUCAUAUACAUAUGGGACCACUACCCAGAUGCAUUCUGCUCUUCAGUGCUGAUGUUAGAUACUGAAGUUUUUUAAAAAGCAUCUUGAUUCCUUCUUUAAGUGUAUGUGCUACUUAUGCUGAACUGGACAUGCAGGAAACCAUUCCUUUCAGAUGACUUUUUAAUUCUAUGUCCUUUUCCUCAUGAUAGUUCAACCUGCUGCUCUUGUUAAAGAUAGUUUAUAGGAUGCAAGGAAUGUAGCAACCUGCAUUGUAAUUUUGCUCAGAAUAAUUCCUGGUUCUUAAGUGGAUUUCAUUUUAUAUAAAAAUGUUUUAAAGGCAGUGAAACUGGCACAUGUCACUUGUACUUAUUUCCCAAUUGCGUAGAAUUUGAAUAGGUGGCUAGACGGACCAUUGCCAUUUAAGAAUGUACAUCAGGGAUCAUUGUACCUCGGCUAUUACAUGGUGCCUUAAACAGAACUGAAGCUAAGAUUUUCUUGUUAAUAACUCUUACAUUGAUUCAACAAAGUGUGCCUGUCUUCUUUCUUUCUUUCUUUCUUUCCCCCUUUCCUUCAGAUUCCCUAAACAGUAAGGGCAGGUUACAUAC